CAUGUUUCUUACUUGCAGCCGGCAUUAUCUCCCCUCCCACUCUAGCAGCAGAACCUCGCAGUAUCGUCCACUUCAUUUGUCGUUCUUGUCGUGCCUGGGGAUAAGAAGCAGAGGGUUUUAACGCCGAAAACUUGGGGAUAAGCGGAUUAUGUGGAAGAUCAUGAAGGACAACGUGGAAGAUUUGCUGAGCCCCAACCUGUGGCGGUCACUGGCCUGCGAGACCCUGGGCACCCUGGUCAUCGUGCUGCUGGGUUGCGGCGCUUGGGUGCCUUGGUCGGCACCUGACGUGGUUCAAAUCUCGCUGGCCUUCGGCUUGGCGGUUGGCACCACUGUGUGGAUCUUCACCCACAUCAGCGGCGGCCACUUCAACCCGUCUGUGACGGCGGCGGCUCUUGUCACCAGGCGAGUUUCCAUCAUCCGCGGAGUUCUCUACAUCGUCGCUCAGAUCAUUGGAGGCAUUCUGGGAGCCGGCGCGCUGUAUGGGCUGACCCCCGCGACCAGAAGGGGUGACCUUGGUGCCACCAUCAUUUCGUCCGACCUGACGGCCGCCCAGGCAUUCGGGGUAGAGUUGCUCAUCACCUUCCUUUUCGUCCUCGCCGUCUUCGCGUCCAGAGACUCGGCCCGCACCGACCUGGGUGGAUCCUCGCCUCUUACCAUAGGCCUUGCUGUUGUUGUCUGCCAUCUAUUUGCGAUCAACUACACGCGUGCCAGCAUGAACAGCGCCCGCAGCUUCGGUCCAGCAGUGAUCAUGAGAAUCUGGAACAACCACUGGGUGUACUGGGUGGGGCCACUGACGGGUGGCAUCGUGGCCGGCCUGCUGUACGACUACGUGUUUGCUGCUGGUGCCACUGUGGCCAAGGCCCGGAAGUGCCUGCUGCGCACCAAGAAGGCGGAGCAAGAAAAGCCACCAUUGGACGACGGCCCUGCACCAGAAGUAAUCGAAAUCGACGAGACACCCGCCACAGACACAGCGACCCCUGGGCAGUCGGAAAAAGCCAAGACGGCGGAAGAGGGUGCUAAAGAGUAAUAACUUUCUAUCAAAGUAGUCCACGGCCAUCCGUUUUCGUUCUUUUUUGCGAGGAAAGACUGACAGUUCGGUACACCCCACCUCACCAGAAUUUCUGUGGGUCUGGUGCACAAGCCUCGGCAUUUACACUUUGGUCAAAGGCCUGCGCUCACAUUUUCUUAGAAACUCUACGAACAUAAACACCAAACUUACCUCCUCCCACCCGCAUUAGCAAUUCUCCGAUUAUUCAGUGCCUUUGUGAAGAAUCGUAAUUUUGUGUAACAACAGUGGAAUAUGUUGAAGAGAUAUGUUGUAUCAUAAGCCUAUGUAGCAUAUUUGUCAUGUCUACGACUGCAUGGUCUAGUCUGCGACAUAUGAUAUCUAUAACAAUGGCGAUUAUGAAAUUGUUUAGUGUUAUUGACAAUUGUUUCAAUGUUAACACAUUUGUUCAAGAAUGCCAUGACAUACAAGAAAUGCUUGCUACAUGGCAAUAUCAGCCACAAUACAAAAUGGAAUACAAUAUACUCGGCGAGAUCACUGACACAAGUAGGUAUGCAAGCACACACACACACAGCUCUCACUCACACUGACAGACACACAAUGGCAUUCAUGUUGAUGGUUCGAACUGCGCACGAUUCACAAACAGUUUAAGGCGUGCAAGCUCAUUUUCCAAACUGUUUUGAGUUUUGGUAUUUUUAUCUCGCAAUUUCAUAACCCUUUAUUCGGUAGCUCCAUAGACUGCGGCCAUCACCUACCAGUCAGAAGAGCUUCACUCAUCAUGAGGCUCAGUGUACUGGCAAAUACUAGAGUUCCUAUAAAAAUCAUCCACCAAACCGUCAGCUACAGUAGACAUGUGGGUAACAUCGCCAGCUGCUGUAGAUGCUGGUGUGGCGCGCCCUCAAGGGAUCUUGACUGUCUUUUGAAUGCAUCAGCAACUUUUUUCACUGUCCUCUUGGAACACAGAUACAAAGUGCAACAAUAGGAUUUUCCUAAAACGUUUCAGAAGUAAAUAUUCUCUGUAUUAAAAACCAUUUCGGUUUGGCUCUACAAAUAAGCUGCUGGUCUUAAAUGUGUUUUGAGGUCGGUACAUUGACAAACUGCCAUUAAGAUGUCUGAACAUGUGUCUACGCUGCAUGCAUUUUGUGGCUGCCAACCGUUCUACACCCAUUUGUACACACAAUGUUCAGGUCACAGUUGUAGCUUUUUUUGCUUUAUCUUCUAUGCAUGUUAUUCCAGUGUACAUUGACAUAUUCACUCAGCUUUGCUCACCUGCCUUACUAAAUUUGUUUCUCAUUCUACUAAUUAAAGUUUUUAUAAUCAAAA